AUGCUGAUAGAUUAUCAGGUAAAUGUUUCAUAUGUCCAUCUGAAUUAAAUUGUUAACAUUGUUCUUAAUAGCAAAAAUUGUCAAAAGAUUCUUGGAAGAUUAAUAUUAGAGCUUUCUAUCAACUUUUUAUUAGUUCAAAUUAUGAUCAUCCUUUUAAAGUUUUUGCUCAAAGUGAAAGUAAGAAUGAUUAUGAAAUUAUUUGCACUUUUUGUAACAAAGGAUAUGAAUUAUUUAAUGGAAACUGUAUAAAGGAAUGUCCUGAAUCAUGCUUAUAAUGCUAAUGUUUAAAUGGUUAAAAUUAAUGUAUAAAAUGUUAACUAGAAUUCUAAGGUAGAAAAUUAAGUUUAUCUGAAAAUUAAUGUAUUGAAUGUCCUUAGAUUUGUGCCUUAUGUAGGAUAAGAUCCAUUCAAGAAAUUCAAUCAAUUAAUCCUCUUUUUAAUAACAAUAGAUAUAUCACUAAUACAUAUUAAUGUUUAAAAAGUUUUGAUGAUUAAGAUUAUUUUUUUGAUUAAUAACUAGGAAGUUUCAUUGAUUGUAAACAAUUUUAAAACUGUUUAAAAUAAUAUAUCAUUCCAAUUAAUCGAUAUUGUUCCUAAGAUGAUUUUCUAACAACUUGAAAUCAGAAUUUAAAUUCCUAUUAAAAGUCAUAAUUUAAAAUUAGAAACAUAUUUUUAGAAAUUUAUAUAGUUUGAAAACGAUGAAUUUUAUUCUUAGGCCAAUUCUAAGUUAAUUAAGACAAUCAUUCUUAAUAUUGUGAGUAUCAAACCACAAAUAUGCAAAAUUAAAGGUUAUGCUUCUAUUAAAUAGAAUUUUAGUUAGAAUAUUUUUUUUUCAAAUAUGUAUUUAUUAAUUUAUUUUCUAGAAAUGUAGAAUUAUAAAUAAAUUUCAAUUAAAAUACUAUCAUAGAAUAUGAAAGAACUAUAACCUUUUUGAAUUUUAUUAAAAUAACAAUUAUUGGAGGAAAAUUGUAACCUGUAGAAAAUGAACAUCUAAAAUAAUUAAUAUUUUCUAGUAUCUUUCUUCAAAUGAUAACGUUAGACACUAUUAUAUAUUAAUAAAUCUCAUUAGAAAAUGAUAAAUCUCAAAUAAUUUUUAAUAAUGUGAAAGAAUUAAACUUAAUUAAUCUUAAAAUAAUUAAUCUUACAUAAAAUAAUAAUGAAAAUUUUAUUUUAAUUAGAGAAACUUCUUUUACAAAAAUAAUUAAGCUUUAAGCUUUUGAAAUUUUGAAUUCCACCAUAAGCAAUCAAAAAAUAUUGUUUUUUAAUAUUAACCAAUAAGAUAUAAUUGAAAUCAAGGAUUUAUUUGUGAUUGGAAAAUUUUAGAAUACUACCUUGAUAGAAACAAGUACUUGGAACAAUUUUGGAAAUCUAUUUGUGAAAAAUAUAUUAGUAGAAGAAUAUUUAUAAAUCAAUCAAUUUAUUUAAUCAUUAAAUUGUAACCUAAUUUGAUAUAUUUUCAUGAUAUUAGAAUAUAGGAAAUUUUAUUUGAGAAAUCUUAAGUCGAUAACUCAACACUUAUCAUUAUGAAUAAUGAUAAUUAUUUAAGUAAUUUAACAUUAAAAUAUUCUAAAUUUGGAGAACUUACUUAAGGAAUAAUAAAUUCUAAUGAAUUAUUUGAUGAAGAUUUUCAAUAGAAUUCAAUAAUAUUGUAAUAUAACAUAUUGAAUAUCAUUAUACAGCAAAAUUUAUAAAUUCUAAUAAGUACAAUAAUGGGAAUACUACUAUUAAAUUUAAUAAUUUAGCUAUUUUAAAUAAUUAAAUGACCUCGAUUUAGUUGGAUUUCAAUUGGAAUGCUAAAGCACUUGUCUUAUAUUCAUAGAAUUAGAUUUUAUUGAAAUAAGGAAUUUAAAUAUUUAUAGAGGUUUUGGAGUAAAGGAUAUAAGUAUAUAUAAUGCAAGACUCUUAAGGAUUACAUCUAGUUAUAUAACUUAAUGUGAUGAAUUUAAAUUUUUGGUCUUCAUUAAUAUCUUGAUUGUCAAAUCUAAGAGGUAAAAGGAGAAUAUUAUUUAUAAUCGCUGUUUAUUUCUUCUGUAGAUGAUUUAUAGAUUAUUGACAUACAAAUAAAAUAAGUUUAAUCAUAUAAUUCUGCAAUUAUAUAAUAUUAGUCUUCUGAUAUCACAACAUAAUAAUAGCAAGUAACAAUCUAUUUAAGUAAUUUUGCUGUUGAAUCAAAUUUCUUAUUACUAACAAAUCAAAAAUAUUUCACAGCUAUCUUAUUUAUAGAAUCUAUUCAAUAGACUAUACUAGAAAUUUCAAAUAUUACCUUUAUUGGAAAUAUUUUACAUGAAUACGUUAAAAACAAUCUUGAAAUAUCUUCAUUAUUAUUGAACUUUAAUUGUAUAUAAAGAGUUAUUACAAUAAUAGAUUCCUUUUUUUCUAAUAACACUCUUUAUAACAGUACUGAUAAUAUCAUCUACAUUAAAAGUGAACAAUUAAAAAUACUAAAUUGUACAUUUUAUUAAAAUAGUUAUUUCAAUUAUUAAGUGAUGUAACCAUUUUUAUUGUGGGGAUUUAGAGAUUCAGAAAAAUUAACAUAUUAAUAGAUUAAUAAUAUCUUUAAAGUAAAAUCUAAAUCUGGGAUUGGUUAAUUUUUUAUAGAGAAGCUAGACAUUUAAUUUAGUAAUUUUGAAUAAUCUUUUGGAUUGUAAGGAGGAUCAUAAUAUAUUGAAGCUUAAAAAAAUAGUAUAAUUACUAUUUCAUAUUGUUAAUUUAAUAAUGUAUCAACUACUUUUUCAAAUGAUUUAGGAUUUGGAGGAUCAACAUAUAUAGAUGGUUCAGCUUCAGAUUCUCUUUAAUUAUAAAUCAAUAAUCUGAUUAUUAAUGAUAUCAUAAAGAAGAUGGAGGAUUUCAAUACAUAAAAUCAAAUUCUCCAAUAAUUUCAAUUUCAAUUUAUUAAUUAAAUAUCAAAAAUAUCUAUUCAAAACUUGGAUCAUUUAUUUAUGUUGCUUUUUCUUCUAUUACUUUUACUAUAUAAGAAGUGA